GGUACUAUUUUGUCAUGUUUGUUUACUAAUCAAACAUUGACAUUUCUUAAAAACUUUAGUGAGAAAUCCAAUUUAAUAAUGGCAUAAAAAGGUGAAAAUCGAUACGAACAGUAAUGGAGUCUGACGUAAUAGUUGAUCAACCGACAUCGGAAAAGAAAACUGUUUUUGCUUCAGAUAAUGUACUUCCGGCAAGUUUACAACAGAUCACAGAAACCUCACAGGUGACAGUAAGUCAACACGUAGAUCCUGUUGAAGUGAUCCCAUGUUGUUUUGCCCGACCUUCUCGAUACAGCCUAUAUGUGGAAGGAUCAGAAAACCAGCUUCUGUAUGGACAAGAAAUUUCAGAUUGUUAUGCCAGGCAGAUAAUGGGCGCAGCAAGAAGUUUUGCCUUGAAGUUCAGCGACGAUGACCUAGUGGACGUUUUAAAGGUGAACCGAACACAAACCUGCUCACGGGGCUGCUGUGGGAUCUGCUGUUCACUUCCUGUACUUGAGGUGCAGUCCCCACCAGGAACCAUUCUAGCAGCCAUACAUGAAAGACGUACCUGUUGUACACCACGUUAUGACGUUUUGGAUCCUGGAGGGACAACUCUGUUUACGCUUCAUCCUCGAGCGUGUUAUCCAGGAGUUGUAGCCCUUUGUUGUAAUAUUCACAUUGAUAUUGUAAACGAUCAAGGGGAUGUUAUGGGAAUGAUCGAAAAGGACACUAGCGGAAAUUGUAAAGAUUGUAUUGGACAUACUAACAAUUUUACUGUGAAAUAUAGUUCUACUCUCUCCCUGGAGCAGAAACUCAUACUACUUGGAUCUUCGUUUCUGCUGGACUUUCAUUAUUUUGAAAAACAAAAUCGGUUUUGUUGCUGACAAAGUACUGAUAAAGUGCUUCUGGUUGUGCAUUUAACUCUGAACCCCGUCUUUCAUUUUCGCUCGUCUGACGUUGUUUGCCGUUGUUGUUGUUUUUGAAAAAAAGAACCAUUGUCAUCAGCCAUGAUUCGUCGUCGAUGUUGUUCAAAGAUUUUUACUUUGACAAUGUUUAUAACACAAAACCGUUCGUUCCCAAUGAAAUUUGGUUCAAACAUGGACAUACUUUGACUGAAAAAAACUCAUUUUUAUUCCAAGGUCCAUAACUCUUGCCUUAGUAAUAUCUAAGUUAUGCCCCUUGUUCGCCUGUAAUAACAACAACAACGGACGAGUGUUGUCGUCUGCUCUGCGGCGUUCUUGUUUCAUGUUUAAUAAUGGUUGUUAAAGAAAGCUAUUUUUGUUUGCGCUUUAAUCUUUUACACAAAAUACAACAAUCUGUAUGUUUUUUGUAUGUUUUAUCACAGACUAAUGAUUAUUUAACUUUAUUUCCGAUAUGUUGAUAUUAUGUAUCGUUAAAAGUAAGAAACGAUGAGUAAAACAUGUAUGUAUUAUGCACCAGUCAAUUGUAACCACUGCCCCCAGGUCCGGGGGAUAGCCGGGGAAAUGGGCCGUGUUUUUACCUUCCAGGUGGCCUCGCAGUGCCGGGUGACUGCGGUGGUUUUGUCUUCACGCCAAUUAUAGCGGGAAUUUGGCAUUAUCUAGGGUCCCUUGGGUGCGGGGGCAUUUGGCGGGGCUUUUACCAGCAGAUCGUCCCCGCAGGGCGGAUAUUUUGCCCGGGCUUGGCUGGACCGAAAGUCAAAGUCCCCGCUAUUCCCCGGACCGGGGGGGGGGGGGGGGCGUGGUUACAAAUGACUGGUGCAUUAAUGUGUACACUAAUUACAUUUAGUGUCAGUUUAUCUGCAAUCUUAUAUUUUAUUAUUCUUUUUUAAUAAUAUAGUUUAAUAAAAAAAGUUGACCAAG